AUGCCUCCCAAGAAGACCUCCACCACCUCGACCAAGAAGGCCGGCUCGAGCCACGCCUCCUACCGUGAUAUGAUCAAGGAUGCUAUCUUGAAUCUGAAAGAGCGCAAUGGUAGCAGCCGCCAGUCCAUCAAGAAAUAUGUUCAGGCGAACAACAAGAUUGCUUCCGCCUCCUCCAAUGCUUUUGAUAGCCAGUUCAACAAGGCUAUCAAGGCUGGUGUUGAGAAGGGCGAGUUCGUUCAGCCCAAGGGCCCGUCCGGACCCGUGAAGCUCGCCAAGAAGGAGGCUACUCCCAAGCCUGCUGCUGCUAAGAAGACCUCCGCCACCAAGGCUGCUGCGCCGAAGAAGACCACUGCCAAGAAGGCUGAGAAGGCCGAGAAGACCGAGAAGGCCGAGAAGCCCAAGGCCAAGAAGGCCACCACCACCGCCGCGAAGGGCACCACCACUGCUAAGAAGCCCGUUGGCCGACCCAAGGCCAACACCGCUAAGCCCCGCAAGGCCUCCACCACUGUACGUGAUAGACCCUUGCAUCCUUUCCCCGGACACGAAAUACUGAUCCUCAAGCAGGCCCCCGCCGUUGUCGACAAGCCCAAGGUCCUCGGCACGACCAAGUCUGGCCGUGUGACCAAGACGACGGCUAAGCCUGCAGAGAAGGCUACCAAGAAGACCGCGAAGAAGGCUUAAAGCUCUGACCGUCUGGAGAAUUGUUCUCACCGACCAUUCGAAUACGGCUCUUCCUAGUCUGCGAUGUGUGCCCGAAAUAAUCACUCUUGGGCCACAUCCCUUUCUCACUUCUGUUGUAAUUUUUUGCUCCUUGGCCACUUUUUCUUUAUUCUUUUUGAUCAAUCGGGGAAUUGGUUCUGGGAUAUGCUGUGGACUGUUUACUCUUUCGUUUUCACUCAGUGUCGGUUGGGUUGGCGUCUUGCGAUGGAUCUUGCAACGGGAUAUGUUUUCUUUUCUUGCCUGUUAUGUUUGGGGCACCCGUCCAAGGGCAGGUGUAAUGUUAUGCAAUGAAACUGCUUAUCCAUUUCUUCCACCGGGAUCUCGACUAAGAUGCUGUGUUGUAGAUGUGAAGAUGGUUCGGUACGGAGUAGAGGCGUCAUCUAUGCGUGGUCUA